GUCCUUUUGCUCUCAGAUCCAACCCAGACAUCAGGGCCUUUCUGUGUCCAGUGUUUUUUCUUCUCCCUCUAAGGCAUGCUGCUUGGAGUAUUCAGGCUGCAUUUUGUCUAACAAAAGGGUGCUGGAGAUCACAGCUGCUGGCAUCAGAUUUGGAGGAUUUACUUAGUUUUGGAAAAUAAGAAAAACUACACAAAUGCUCUUGCAUUUCUUUUCUUCCUUUCCAAGGAUGGAUACACACACAGGAUUUUAAUCAGGAUCAUAUGCAUUGUUUAAAGGCAAGGAAACUCCAAUUGUGAUUCUUUAUUCAGGGCCCCUGCUAUGGAAAAGAAGAAGCCUGUGAAAAUGACUUCAUCUUACAUCAAACAAACCUGCAAAGAUGGUAUUAAUAUACAUGUCCUCUAAAUCAUUACAUGGAUGUUGUUAGAAUCGGCAUUGGAUUGGACAGAACACUAAAAAACUUGGGAUGGGAAACCAUAGCAACAAUCUCACCUGCCUCAUUGAUGACUCCUUUAAAUACAACCUCUAUGGGGCAGUUUAUAGUGUGGUGUUUAUCCUGGGAUUGAUCACAAACUGUGCUUCACUCUGUGUCUUCUGCUUCCGGAUGAAGAUGCACAACGAAACUGCCAUUUACAUGACCAACCUGGCGGUGUCUGAUCUUCUAUUUGUGUUUACGCUGCCUUUUAAAAUUUUCUAUAACUUUAAUCGACACUGGCCUUUCGGCGAUACCUUGUGCAAGAUUUCGGGAACCGCGUUCUUGACAAACAUUUACGGAAGCAUGCUUUUCCUCACCUGCAUCAGCGUGGAUCGUUUCCUAGCGAUUGUCUACCCGUUCCAGUCCCGAACCAUUCGAACAAGAAGAAAUUCUGCUAUUGUCUGCGCUGGCGUCUGGGCUAUUGUCCUUAGCGGGGGUAUUUCUGCAUCACUAUUUUCCACCACUAAUAUUUCUAAAUCAAGCACCACAUGUUUUGAAGGGUUUUCCAAGAGCAUCUGGAAAACCUACUUGUCAAAAAUCACUAUAUUUAUUGAAGUUGUUGGGUUUAUUAUCCCCCUGCUUUUGAAUCUCACGUGUUCGUCUUUGGUUUUGAAAACGCUGAGGAAGCCCGAGACGUUGUGCCAGAUUGGAACCAACAAAGAGAAAGUUUUGAAGAUGAUUGUCGUCCAUGUUGCCAUUUUUGUGGUUUGUUUUGUGCCCUACAACUCGAUCCUUUUUCUGUACGCUUUGGUUCGCUCCCAAGCUAUCGCAAACUGUUCGGUGGAAAGAUUUGCCCGGACAAUGUAUCCAAUUACUUUGUGUAUUGCAACAAUGAAUUGCUGCUUUGACCCAUUUGUAUACUAUUUUACUUCCAAAUCGUUCCAAAAGUCAUUUAACAUCAACCCUCUGAUAAAAAUGGACACCCUUUUUAAGACGGAUUCGGCUGCAAAAAUUGCUUUGCCGAUAACACAAGAGGAUCUUCAUGAACAAAUGAACAUUCAUAACAGAGGAGAAUUAAUGUCAGAGUCUAACUUCAAGGACUAAUGUUUGUAGUUAUGUCACGGCAAUUAGAAUGGCUCUGGAACUAUAAUUUAGAAGGUUUGUUGAGCUGGACCUGGUCAGUAUUAUAAGUGGAAAUGUAUUAAACUAGAAUCUUUAAUUUAAAUAGAGAAAAAACCUGUUUGUAGUAUUGUACAAAAGUCACAACUGUGUUUUGCUUUAAAAAAAAAUUCUCAUUUAUGUAAAUAUUACAAAAUACUGUAGAUAUGUCUUCUGCUCCUUUUUCGUCUGUGUUUUAGUAUUAUCUGUUGUAAACCACAAAUGCCUAAAUAUUGUUAAAUUUAAGACUAAAAUACAUAUCUGUUCCUAUUUAGAUUAA